UUUAGCGAAACGGAAGCAACGACGUGUUGGACAAAACGGAUGAACCGAAAAAAAAUCCUCCACCCCCCGUGUUUGAACCAUAAUCUAGUACCUAACCCCCCAAUCGAGCAGCUGUGCAACGCGCGUUCUAGGGUGAGAAAGUCAGUCCUCCGAGUGUGUAGAGUAGAGGGUGGUUAACGGCACUGCUGCUGACUGCUGCUGCGGAGUGGAGAGCGCAUCAUCUAGCCUAGGAUUUUCAAAGGGGCGAUUGGCGACGGCUGGUCGGGGAGUGGUUGAUUUAAUCCCGAACCCAUCCCUUUUGAACCAGUUUUGUGCUACCACGCCAGCGAACCAGGAGUCAGGAAGCUGGUACCAGAUCCGGAAGAGAAAGUGCAUACCAUACAUGUGUGUGCCGCCGUCGGAUCGGUCCGUUCGAGGAAGCUGAAGAUGGAUGUGCUCGCAUAGAGGCCGCACGGUGAUAAGAACGGCUCGAUACGGUUUGUAAUCCGUACGGCGAAAGGAAGUGCUUCUGUUUCUGCAGGAUAGGAAUAUUAAAUUCCAUUCUUGAACGGGCUUCUCGUUGUUUGCUGUCAAUGUUAAUGGUUAGAUGGAAGGAACUGGUUGGGUGACAGAAGAAUAGCAGGCGCUGACAGGAGAAAAAAAGUGACUGGAUGAAAGGGAUGUUUUCGAGUGGUUUCGUGUUGCUGGAAGGAAUAAUCUGAUCUGAUGAAGUGACAAAAUUGAAUUGAUGUUUUCAAUUUUUGAACCAGAGGAAUAACAACGUGUAAGAAGAUAUCUUAGCUGGAAAAACCUUGUGGUUCAUGUUUAGCUUCGUUGAGAAGGUCGGUGAAGAUAUUUGGGAAACAAAACGGCCCCGAAACAUGUGUUUUAACUUGUGAUAACAGUGUGAUGAAAGUUUGCUCAAUACAUAGUAAAGUGGAAGUACCUUCGUUAGCCUGACCCUGUCUAGCAACGGAAACAAUUGUCAGUUCACUAAAUAUAGUCAAGUAUACUGAUGGCUUCGAUGAUGGAUCGAUUGUAUUAGUGUGGUUUCUCACCCUCUGGGGGUUGUCCUCUCUACUCGCUUCUGUUUUUUUUGCAAACGCAUGAAGGUUUCCUCGUUUUCCUUGUGCACCGUAGCUGCAACGCUUUCCACGUCGUUGCUGGCGAACUAGAGUGCAGUGUCAUAAAAGUAAAGUGCGAAAAGUUGCAGCUUGUUGCUUCAUCAACCAGCUGUUUUAUGCACUUAAAAACUCAUAAAACUAGAACCAUGGUGUUUAGCAUCGUUAACAGGCGGAAGCAGAAGGAAACGGAAGUGAAAAUCAAUACCGUUAUACAAUCGUAAAAAGUGAUAAUUAAACCUAGCAUCUCUCAUCGUAAUCCCUCAAUCAAAAUUCGCAAACAUAAUUCGAUAAAUUAAUUCCCGUUAGGAUUAGCAAAAUCACAAAAUGUACGGAUUCGUAAACUAUGCGCUGGAGCUGCUCGUACUGAAAAACUUUGGAUUAAACACGUGGGAUGAAAUAAAGAAGAAAGCGCAGGUGAACAUGGAGGGCCAAUUUCUGGUCCGACAAAUUUACGAAGACGACAUCACGUAUAAUUUGAUAGAGGCCGCGGUUGACAUACUAAACAUACCCGCUGGUGACAUUUUGGAACUGUUUGGUAAGACUUUUUUCGAGUUCUGCCAGGAUUCCGGUUACGACAAGAUUCUACAAGUACUCGGAGCCACCCCACGAGAUUUUCUUCAGAACCUAGACGCCUUACAUGACCAUCUCGGUACGCUGUACCCGGGAAUGCGUGCUCCCUCCUUUCGCUGCACCGAAACGGACGGUCAGCUAGUCCUGCACUACUACUCCGAACGGCCCGGACUGGAACACAUAGUAAUAGGAAUAGUGAAAGCUGUGGCAUCCAAGCUGCACGGUGUUGACGUAGAGUGUAAAAUUAUCAGGCGGAAAGGUGAUCCUAUCGAAGUGGCAGCACCAAAGGCGGAAGACAAAGCAAAGCCCGUUUUCCUCCCGGUGGCGAAAGUCGACAAACCAGUUCCUGUUAACACAUCAGCAGAGUUUGCUGUGCCUGAAUUAGCCAAUCUAGGACUAUGCAAGCGAAUACUAAUGUCUAAAACGUAUGGUGAAUCUUAUCUAUCGAAUAGACUGAAUAAUUUAGCAACCUCUAGAAGCUCGACAACGCUUGCAAACCGAACCGACACUACGUUUUGCAAUGGCAAUAAAUCUAGCUUAAGCAGUAGCCAGAACGGAAGCAAUAGUAGAUUAUAUUUCGAUGAUAGUCAAACGACCACUAGUAGUAACGACAACAUCAAUAAUUGUGAUAGCAAUCAGCAGCCCCCGGCGGUGAAGACGAAACCCGGCAGCAGCAGCAGCAGCAGCAGUCGGCACGUGGAACGGUCCGAUCACUUUCAGUUUCUAAUCACGGAAAUUUCCGGCCCGAAAACACCCACCCGGAGGAGUGAGGAGAAGGAACAGCAGACGGAUUUUCAGCUGGUGGCGAAAGAACCGAUUAUCUCCCCAACAACGUUCUGCAAGGCAUUUCCGUUUCACCUGAUGUUCAACCGGGACCUAAUAAUCGUACAAGCGGGUAGAUCUGUGUCCCGAGUGAUACCGAAGAUCUCUGAGACAAACUGCCCAUUGAUGACAAUUUUUGAAGCAGUUCGACCCCAUCUGCAGCUAAGUUUCGGAAACAUUCUUGCACACAUCAACACGAUCUACGUACUCAAAACUAAAGCCGGCGUAAUGUCCAUCAGCGAGCGUUAUCUGAGGUUGAAGGGUCAAAUGAUGUACAUUCCGGAGUCGGAUCUGAUCCUGUUCCAGUGUUACCCCAGUGUAAUGAAUCUGGAUGAUCUGACCAAAAAAGGCCUUCACAUUUCGGACAUCCCGCUGCACGACGCGUCCCGCGAUCUGGUACUGCUGUCCGAAAAAUUCGAAGCCGAGUACAAACUGACGACCAACCUGGAGAUCCUAACGGAUCGACUCCAGCAGACGUACCGCGAUCUGGACGGCGAAAAGCAAAAAACGGAUCGGCUGCUGUACUCGGUCCUCCCCAAAACGGUGGCCAAUGAGCUGCGACAUCAGCGACCGGUACCGCCCAAACGGUACGAUAGCGUAACGCUGAUGUUCUCCGGUGUUGUGGGUUUCGGUCAGUACUGUGCCGCCAAUACGGAUGCCGAGGGUGCGAUGAAGAUAGUCAAAAUGCUCAACGAACUGUACACGAUCUUCGACGAGCUGACGGAUUCGAAGAGUAACUCGAACAUCUACAAGGUGGAAACGGUGGGUGAUAAGUACAUGGCGGUUUCCGGGUUGCCGGAUGAGUGCGAGAAUCAUGCCAAAUGUAUAGCGCGGCUUGCUUUGGAUAUGAUGGAUAUGGCGAGGAAUGUUAAGAUGGGAUCGGAGUCGCUGAAAAUCACAAUUGGAAUUCACUCGGGUGAAGUAGUGACGGGUGUAAUCGGUAACCGAAUGCCGCGUUACUGCUUGUUCGGUAAUACGGUCAAUCUGACGAGUCGAACGGAAACCACUGGUGUUCACGGACGGAUCAACAUCAGCGAAACGACUUACAAACUACUCUGCGAACCGGUCAAUCAGGAUCCAUCCUUCCAGCUGGAAUACCGUGGCCCGGUAGUCAUGAAGGGUAAACCGGAACCGAUGGAUUGUUGGUUCCUCAACAGGAAAAAAUCCGACAGCAGCGGGGGGCAACCGCCACCUGUCAGUGUGGUUGCUGCUACGCCUAAAAAAUAAAACAAUAGAAAACAAAUAAGCAAACAGUAAACAAAAAGUGUGUUUCCUGAAUCUCUAAAUUUAGCCGUGAAAUGACAUAACAUCAGCUGGUAGAAUCUAAUGGCUUAUCAUCAUACAAACAAAUCGACCGAAGAUAGUAAAGCUCUCAAAACCUGCUUCUAAACUAACUAGACGAAAUCUGAACUAAAAGCUGUAGAGUAGAGAACGGAUAGCUAAAUGAUCAAGUGGAAUUGAAAAAGUAUCUGUACAAAGGUGUGAAGCUAGAAUGAUAGCUGUACAAAGCAUAAAGGAACGCAAACAUAUUUAUCAAAUAGCAGAUUAGAAUACAGAACCACGCGAUUGUCCAAUGGUCAAGGUCGGCAAACUAACGCUUCAUAAUAAAUAUUGACUAGAUGUUGUAGCUUAACAAAAAAAAUAAUACUAAAAUACCGAAAUGUAAGGUAAGAACUUUGAGUGCAAUCAAGUAGAUCAAAUCUCGAAAUCAGAUUCAAAGCAAACUCUCAAAGGGGCUGUUUCUAUUGUUGUAAGUGAAUUGCAAUGUUGUUUUUGUUAUGUUUACAUUUUUGUUAUAUAUCUGUUGUGAUAUCUUUUUUGGAGACUUAUUGAGACGUUCGAUUUUUUAACCAGCUUACAGAUGAACAUUGUGAGACAAUUUUUUUCCAUUCUCUCUAGUACCUACCGUAGAUGUGAGUAACUAAGAGUCGAUAUUUCAGACAAACAUAGAACAUAUAAACCUGACCACGAUGAAAACCUAUCGCGAUAAUGAAAGAAAGGAAUCGAUAUUUGUUUUCUGGAAUUGAAUAAAUACGGAAGUAAUGUCAGAACAAGUCGGAAUAAAAGAGCCAAAAACGAAUACGUAUAUGAGCUAAAAA